AUGGCAGACGCAACUCCAAUCGCCAAUCCAACCCACGAAGCGCUCGAGUGGGAGACGCCUUCUACCUCCAAGAAACCCGGCAUCUUAAGCAAAUAUAACACCUUCAAUACAUCCUCAAAGCCACAGUUUGCAGUCACCAAGGAAGAGGGUCCCGCUGCAGAACGAAACGCCCCAGGACAUCGUUCCGACCGCUUCAUCCCCACCUGGAUCAGCCGCAAGACAUGUUGCUACGCGCUCGCAGCGCUCUUUGUACUGGUACUGAUUCUAGCACUCGGAUUGGGAAUUGGGCUGGGUCUACAUAAGGGGUGGCUCAUACUCCUCAGCAAAAAACACAAGAACCUCCCUCUCCCCACCAACACGGCAACUUUCACAGGCGACCUAACAUACUAUUCUCCCGGUCCGGGCUACGGCGCUUGCGGAUACGAGAAUACCUCCAAAGACUCCAUCUGUGCAGUCUCGCAUAUUGUGUGGGAUGCUGUGAGUACCAGCAGUAAUCCGAAUGCGAAUCCUUUGUGUGGGAAGAAGAUACGGAUCGAUAGGUAUGAUGCGACGAAAGCGGGGAAUAGCAGUGUGGAUGUCAUGGUGGUGGAUCGGUGUACGGGGUGUCAGCCAGACGAUUUGGAUUUGAGUUUGAGCGUUUUUACGGAUCUGGCCGAGGAGAGUGAAGGAAGAGUUGUGGGGAGUUGGGCUUGGUUGAGUUGA